AUGUCAGGGCCAGGUUCUCCAGGCCAGGAGGGCCCCACGUUUGCCCCGCCACAUCUUCCUGCUGGCUGGAUUGCGCAAUGGGACGCCAACAGCAAGAAGUACUACUACGUCCAACUCUCGACUGGCGUUUCGCAGUGGGAUGUCCCAACCGACGCCGCCCCCGUGGGAGGAGGCACGCCGGCCUCCACCAACGAACACCCCUACGGUGUGCCGGGCCAGCGCCAGCUGAUCACGCAUCCUGACGGCACCCAGACCGUCAAGCACCCCGAUGGAACAAUGGAACCCGUCAUGCCAGACGAGAAUGGAGGCACGAGAGGAAUUGGCGGCGAUGGUCCAACCGGCGAUAGGGGCCUAGGUAGCAUGGCCAUGAACGCAUUACUCGGCAGCGGCAAACAAAGCGGCAGCGGUCACAACUCGAGCAGCAGCCCCUUCGGCGGCCUUGCGAACCAGGUCAUCAGCGGGCUUACACACAGUAACAACGGCCAUGGGCAGCAACAACAGCACCACGGCUCAUCGGGGGCGUCCAGUGGUCUCGGCGGGAAGCUGGUCGGGCAGCUUACGUCAAACCUCUUCUCCUCGGGCAACAAGCCGGCGCAGCCCCAGAAUUACCACAGCGGCCAGACCACGCAGCCUCAUAACUCAGGGGGGCUUGCAGGUUCCAUGAUGGGCUCUGUCGCGCACAUGUUUGGGGGACAGUCUGGUUCCUCGAACCAAAACUUUGGAUACAGCAACUCCGGCCAAACAGGAACCUACAGCGGCUCUGCUCCUCCCGCCACGUACCAACCGUCAGGCGCAGCCUCGCAUCAGUCUCCCGCGCAGGGACACAACCCUCAGCCCGCGCACAACACCCAGGCCGCGAGCACACCUUCAUCCUACCACGCGCCCCAGCACACCCCGAGCUUCCCACCACCGCCGAGCCAGUACGAGGGACAACACGGCUACCCAGGCCAGCAGCAGCAACAACAACAACACACACCGUACGGCCAACACGGGCAAAUACCCGGUCCACCGGCCGGCGCACCGCCCGCGCAAUACGGCCAGUCCCAAUAUGGGCAGGGCUACGGCCACCAGCAGGCGCCGCCAGCAUACGGGGGUCACCAGCAAGGCGGGUACAACGGGGGCACGCCGUCGUACCCUCCGCCCCCGGGCCAGUACCCAACUCAGGCAGGCUAUGGCCAGGACCGCGGCUUGCCGCACGGCGCGCAUCCGUACGGCAGCAAUCCCGCGUACUAG